ACACUUGCAGUGAUUUUGAUGUAAAGCAAAGUUCUACCCACCUGAUCUGCCGGCUGCUAGUGUUGUUAUCUGUUUCUACAAUGAAGCUUUUUCUGCCCUGCUUCGGACGGUGCACAGUGUCGUAGACCGCACGCCAGCACAACUGCUUCAUGAGGUCAUCCUUGUGGAUGAUGACAGUGACUUUGAUGAUUUGAAAGGAGAACUAGAUGAAUAUGUCCAAAAAUACCUCCCUGGAAAAAUUAAAAUCAUAAGAAAUACCAAGCGUGAGGGCUUGAUUCGAGGAAGAAUGAUUGGCGCAGCCCAUGCGACAGGAGAAGUCCUUGUGUUCCUGGACAGCCACUGUGAAGUGAACGUGAUGUGGCUGCAGCCCUUGCUGGCUGCCAUCCGUGAGGACCAGCAUACCGUGGUGUGCCCAGUGAUCGAUAUCAUCAGUGCCGACACACUUGCCUACAGCUCGUCCCCCGUCGUCCGCGGGGGAUUCAACUGGGGACUGCACUUCAGAUGGGAUCUCGUCCCCCUUUCUGAGCUAGGAGGAGCCGAGGGAGCCACCACACCAAUAAAGUCACCAACAAUGGCUGGAGGUUUGUUUGCCAUGAACAGACAGUAUUUCCACGAACUUGGACAGUAUGAUAGUGGCAUGGAUAUCUGGGGAGGAGAAAAUUUGGAAAUAUCAUUUCGGAUCUGGAUGUGUGGCGGGAAGCUCUUCAUCAUCCCUUGCUCUCGAGUAGGACACAUUUUCCGUAAAAGGCGACCAUAUGGAUCUCCUGAAGGCCAGGACACCAUGACACACAACUCUUUGAGGCUGGCACAUGUCUGGUUGGAUGAAUACAAGGAGCAGUAUUUUUCCUUAAGACCUGACCUGAAGACGAAAAGCUAUGGAAACAUCAGUGAGCGCGUUGAAUUGAGAAAGAAGUUGGGCUGCAAAUCAUUUAAAUGGUAUUUGGAUAAUAUAUACCCAGAGAUGCAGAUAUCUGGGCCCCACGUCAAACCCCAGCAACCCAUUUUUGUCAACAGAGGCCCAAAACGCCCGAAAGUCCUUCAGCGUGGAAGGCUCCGUCACCUCCAGACCAACACAUGCCUGGUGGCCCAGGGCCGCCCGAGUCAGAAGGGAGGCCUCGUGGUGCUGAAGGCCUGUGACUACACCAACCCAAACCAGAUCUGGAUUUAUAAUGAAGAGCAUGAAUUGGUUUUAAAUAGUCUCCUUUGUCUAGACAUGUCAGAGACUCGCUCAUCAGACCCACCACGGCUCAUGAAAUGCCACGGGUCAGGAGGAUCCCAGCAGUGGACCUUUGGGAAAAAUAAUCGGCUAUACCAGGUGUCGGUUGGACAGUGCCUGAGAGCGGUGGAUCCCCGGGAUCAGAAGGGCUCCGUCGCCAUGGCGAUCUGUGACGGCUCCUCCUCACAGCAGUGGCAUUUGGAAGGUUAAGGUGGCUGCUGUGGCGGGAACGGUGCUUCGUCAGGCAUUGCCUCCCGUGUGGAGACGGGGCUCGAGGGAGGCCUGGGUGGGUAGAGCGGAGCUGUCUUGGAGAGGGACAUUCCCCUGUCUUCCCAGAGCUGUCUGGGCAUGUCAGCAGAGGUGACACGCGUCUGACAGAGAUGGGCGCCCGGAAUGUCCCCAUGUGAAGAAGUAUGUUUUACCUAGACAUCGAGGUCAUCUCUGAGCUGCUGUUAAGGAAUUUCUUAUAGAACUGGGCUUGUACAGACGGACAAAACCCAGGAAGACGGAUGUUUCUAUUCAGAUUUAUCCAUGCCUCAUUUUAAUCCCGUUUAAUGAUGCAGUGGUUUUUACCUGAUCAGGAACUUGUCAUGAUUUCCUUUCUUAGAAGACUUCAUAGGAGAUAGUGCUUUUUCUAAAAAAAAAUAAAUAAAUAAAAUUUAUUAUUUGUAUCGUAUGUUCUAAGUAGAUCAUUUAAAAGAACUGAAUCUACAUUAUGUUUAACUUCACAAGGCAUCAUUUCUAAGACAGUAUUAAGAGGCAGUUAACGAUUAUAAAUUAUUUUGAUGAAUUAUGAUACUAUCUACAUUUAAAAUAAAGGAUCUUUUUGAUUA